CCGAGCUCAAGGGUUUCGGAAGCUUCCAUCGAUGCAAUUGCAGGUCCACUCAACGACCAAUCAGGUGAGCCCUUGGCACCAGAAGCUUGGAUCCACUCACGUUCAUCGAUAAAAAGUCGAGUCCUGAAAACCAGCAGAAAUUUUCCUCUUGCACACUCUUUCCUCAGGUUCUCCGGCAGUGACUUGUCAUUCCCCAACGCCUGGCUUCACUGCCUCCAAGUGGAACAUCAAAAUGGCUUCGUGAAGACUAUCACUGUCGAGACCCAAUGGGAUCUUGCAAAGCUGUUAGUUAUCAUGCUUUGAGCAGCUGCUCUUGUCACUAGUGCGAUCAGCACGUGACGGAGACAAUUCGACGACGAUGCGUCGGUCUUGAAGCCCAGAAUUCCUGAGCGAGAUGAUGCAUUUCUCACGAAACAACCACCAGAAAAUACCCGAUUGUCUGACAGGAUCUGAUUCACGAUCACGAUGAGCGCGCCGAAACCCCCAAAGGGUCAUUUCAACAUCCUGUACUUCGCAACUGCUAGCUCCCACACAGGCAAGGAUAUGGAAGCACUACCGGCGCCGCUACCCUUGCGGAAACUCUUUGACACACUCGAGGAGCGGUACCAGGGUAUUCGAGAAGCGGUGCUUGAUCACAGCCUGGUCACGAUAAACUUGGGCUACGUGGAUAUGCCGAGCAGUGAGGAUGAAGACGGCGAGGAUAACGUUACUGUUAUCCAAGAAGGGGACGAGGUGGCUAUCAUACCUCCGGUCAGCUCCGGCUGAAAGCGGGGGAUACAUGCAGACAUUGUCUACCUUUUACAAACAAAUAGAACUUCGGUGUUUGAACUGCCAGAAUGUG